UCAGCCAUCAGCGAUUUCGGAAAUCGGCCUUCGGUUUCCAUUUUUCAUAGGAGAGCUACCCCCUCAACCUCUUCCUUUAAACCGUCAAACGCCUCAGCUUUCUUUUGCACCCCGCAAAAGCAAAAGCAGAAGAAGAAGAAGAAGCAGAAGCAAAAUCUGCCUCUUGCGCCUCAUACGCUUCCGUACAACCUCAUACGAGCUCAUUUGCAAGGUUCAAUUGCUCAGCCGAGAGCAAUACAACAAAUAACAGAGCUUCACCUCCCAGUUGGUUUUCAAGGCGCGGAUCUCCAAAGCUCCACCAUGUCCUCUCCUGGCGACAACCACUCGCUCUUCGCGAGGCACUAUAUCGAUUAUGUCUACGCCCCUGGCCUGCUCCUCAUCGUUGGCACUCUUAUCGUUAAGAAGGAAUGGGCUCCUUGGGCUGCUCUUGUCGCCGUAGCAUUCGGCAUUUACAACUUCAUGGCCUUCCAGGUCAAGACAAGUCUUAAGCCCGAUGUCUUUCAGGAGUUCGAGCUCGAGGAGAAGACCAUCGUAUCUCACAAUGUCGCCAUCUACCGCUUCAAGCUCCCCAGCCCCAAGCACAUUCUCGGUCUUCCCAUCGGCCAGCACAUCUCAAUUGGCGCUCCUUGCCCCCAGCCCGAUGGCACUACCAAGGAGAUUGUUCGUUCCUACACUCCCAUCUCUGGUGACCACCAGCCCGGCCACGUUGACCUCUUGAUCAAGUCUUAUCCUCAGGGCAACAUCUCCAAGCACAUGGCGUCUCUCACUGUCGGUCAGACCAUCAAGGUCCGUGGCCCCAAGGGCGCUUUUGUCUACACUCCCAAUAUGGUUCGGCACUUUGGUAUGAUUGCUGGCGGUACUGGAAUCACUCCCAUGCUCCAAGUCAUCCGCGCCAUCGUUCGCGGCCGAGCUACCGGAGACAAGACCGAGGUCGACCUCAUCUUUGCCAACGUUACUGCCCAGGAUAUCCUUCUCAAGGAGGACCUCGACGCUCUCGCUAAGCAGGACUCUGGUAUCCGCGUUCACUACGUCCUCGACAAGCCCGAGGAGGGUUGGACUGGUGGCGUUGGCUACGUCACUGCCGACAUGAUCGACAAAUAUCUUCCCAAGCCUGCCGAUGAUGUCAAGAUUCUUCUGUGCGGUCCUCCUCCCAUGAUUAGCGGUCUCAAGAAGGCAACAGAGAGCCUUGGCUUCAAGAAGGCCCGUCCUGUCAGCAAGCUCGUUGACCAGGUCUUUGCCUUCUAAGCAUGCCAAUUACUCCCGCUUCACAACCUCUGCCAAUUCCUUACUCCUCGCAAUAAGGAACCAUACAGGGGUCAUCAAUAGCAAUGUAAAACCCAGCCACCUUAUAUAUACAUACAUAUAUAUAUACAGAAAAUGAGCUUACAAGAGACGGAAUGAUACAUAAAGUCUGAAAUUAAAGGACACGGCCGAUGAGGAGGCGCACAUCCUAGGAAUAGAUGAAGAACCACGACACGCGAAGACAUGUCAAUUCACGUUAGUUGUAUGCCACAAUUUAUUCAUUUAAUCUUAAAUACCAUCACUGUCGGGGCACACCACAGUUUAAAU